AUGAACACAAAUAUUGUUGAGGAGUUGGUAGCUGGUGAGAUGGUGGCUAAUGAGCCUAUAAUCAAGGAAGAUGAGGCCAAUGAGGGGGUAGCUGAUAAGGCGGAGGCUAAUGCUAUCAAGCAGGUAGCCAAAGCUAAUGAGCGUGUGGCUACAGCUGAUGAGUAG